CGCUGGUGGCGCCGAUGGAUGGGCAUGACCGGCCCGGCCAGUUCAUGGCGUUGCUGCUGUGCCUGGGCAUGACAGCGGCGCUGGCCCUGGGCUGCCUGCACUGCGACCCCAAUUUCUCGAAGAAGUUCUCCUUCUACCGCCACCACGUGAACCUCAAGUCCUGGUGGGUUGGUGACAUCCCCGUGUCGGGAGUGCUGCUCACCGAGUGGAGCCAGAACACGAUGAAGGAACUACACCUGGCCAUCCCCGCCGAGAUCACCCGGGAGAAGCUGGAUCAAGUGGCAGGAGCCGUGUACCAGAGGAUGGACCAGCUGUACCAGGGCAAGAUGUACUUCCCAGGGUAUUUCCCCAAUGAGCUGCGGGCCAUCUUUCGGGAGCAAGUGCGCCUCAUCCAGAACGCCAUCAUAGAGAGCCGCAUCGACUGUCAGCGUCACUGUGGCAUCUUCCAGUAUGAGACCAUCUCCUGCGUCAACUGCACAGACUCACGUGUUGUCUGCUUUGGUUACUACUGCAAGUCAUCAACACAGUGGCAGUCAGCUGUGCAGGGUCUUCUGAGUUACAUAAAUACCUGGCACAACCUUUCACCAAGUAUAAGGUGUCUGGAAGUGCAGCACUUGGUGAACCUGACUUUGGAAAACGCCUCUGAGUGUCUGACCCAGCAUUGAUGGCGCUGCUCAGCCCCAGUAUUAGCGGGGGCCAGGACUCAGCUACACUGUUGCCUGUUCCUCCAGGAGAGGCCAGCUGCUACCUGCCUCUGGUCACCCCAUGGAGCCCAGGCUGGGCCGGGGCUGGGGAAGCAGGGAAGACGGGCUUGUGUAUAGAUGGCGGGACCCCUGGGUAGGGCCCCCAGAGAUAUUUUGAUUAAAGUGUCCUGACAUUU